GUGACAGAGCGAAAGAAAAGGCUCGAGCGCUAGAGCGGAAAACUGUAGCAAGCUACAGUAACUGGCCAUUCAUACGGAAUCCUGUAGCAUCUGUUAUCAUAUCAGCAUAAAACAAAACCUGAGCCCUGAAGUCAAUUUGGAGCACUCUACCAAUCGAAAGAAUGCAGCUUGGCCAGUCAACCCGGUGGGAGUGACUGAUAAAGAUGGGCCAAAGAAGUAGAGCCCACUGGUGAGGAGUGGUGAAGAGUCCAAACAGAACCAUAGCGGCUAAACUACCCCGAGCGCCACCAUGCCCCGCCUCCCCUUCUGAACUCUCCUCCCACUCCGACUCAGUCCCUUCCAACCCCUGUCCCUCACGCACAGACACAGUCACUCUUGCCAGUCGAGCUGCGGGCUGCGCUCGCCAUGGCCUCGGCCUACCUGUGGAAGCUGUCGUCCCAGAAGCUGGGGUUCUUCCUGGUGAGCUUUGGCUUCAUCUGGGGCAUGAUGCUGCUCCACUUCACCAUCCAGCAGCGGGCCACGCACGAGAGCAGCACCAUGCUGCGACAGCAGAUCCUGGAGCUCAGCAAGCGCUACAUCAAGGCCCUGGCCGAGGAGAACCAGAGCGUCAUGGACGGGCCCUACGUGGGAACCAUGACAGCCUAUGAUCUGAAGAAGACCCUGGCGGUGCUCCUGGACAACAUCAUGGUACGGCUGGGCAAGCUGGAGUCCAAGGUGGAGAACAUCUACAACAGCACGGGGGCUAACCUGACCAACGGCACCAGCACGGCCACCCCCAGCGCCUCCAAUGCGGAGAAGGUCAACGUGGCAGGCAGCCCUGCCAACCCAUUUGCUGCUUUCCCCUGGACCAUGUGGUGCUGGGAAGGCAAUUACCCAGAUAGGAUCUGGACAGUGAGGGGAUCACACAUGUCUUUCGAGAGGCUGCUAGCUAUCAAGGUGGAGAAYCCAGGGCCCCAGGAAGAGGUGUAG